ACGAUCAGAUCAUCUACUUUGCUUGUCUCAUUGGACAUGGAGCUUAUGCUAUGGGAAAAGGGAUUGUAAUUUGGUGCUGUUUGUAGAGGUGAUUACACUGAUAGAAUCCAAUCGUUGCUGGUCCCAGCACAUCUGGAAAGUCCUGCAAGGCCUCCACUACAGAAGGCCCAGAGACAGCAAGUAAAAUCCUUCAUGACCCUUGACCACCAAAUCGUCAAUCAGACUCUCAAACGGUCACACUCUGCCACAUCAAGCUGUGGUCUUCUGGCACAGAAUGGAUACACAUAUCCUGACAGUGCCACUGGCCUUGCAGGAAAUCCACUCACCAAAUUGCUAGCUCUCGGAGAAGAUGUCAGAGCGGAAUGGCAUAUGGAGGACGUUAUUGAGGAUGUGAUUGGUAUGGAAUCAAGUUUUAAAGAAGAAGGAACAGACUCUCCUGUGCUAAUGCAAAGUACAUUGUCGGGAAGUAUUUUGGAUGCAUAUAGUGAUGAACGGGGAAUUUCACCAAUUAAUAUGGGGCUUACAAAUGCUUCCUGUCCAAUUAGUCUACCAAUGAAAACAGAAAUUGCAGAAACUGACACCAGAGCAUUGGCAAAAGAGAGACAAAAAAAGGACAAUCACAACCUCAUCGAAAGAAGAAGAAGGUAUAAUAUUAAUUACCGAAUCAAGGAGCUCGGCACUCUUAUUCCGAAGUCUAAUGAUCCUGAUACACGCUGGAACAAAGGAACCAUUCUGAAAGCAUCCGUGGAGUAUAUCAAGUGGCUACAAAAAGAACAACAGAGAGCCCGAGAGUUAGAACACAGGCAGAAGACGUUAGAGCAGGCUAACAGGCGACUUCUACUUCGGAUUCAGGAACUAGAAAUACAGGCUCGUGCCCAUGGUCUGCCAACCCUGGCUUCCCUUGGCACAGUCGAUUUAGGUGCUCACCUCACCAAACAGCAGACUCCUGAGCAGAGUUCAGUAGACUAUUGCCAACAACUGACUCCAUCUCAGGGGCCAAGCCCCAAGCUCACUGAUCAAGCUAUGGCCUUCUCUGAUCCUUUGUCACACUUCACAGAUUUAUCAUUUAGUGCUGCUUUGAAAGAGGAGCAAAGAUUGGAUGGCAUGCUGCUGAAUGACACAGUGUCCCCGUUUGGAACAGAUCCACUGCUCUCUGCUGCUUCCCCUGCAGUUUCUAAAUCCAGCAGUAGAAGAAGCAGCUUUAGCUCAGAGGAUGGUGAGGAAUUAUAAGACCCAAACAGGCUCAGUUCAUCAACUAGGAAGUAAUGCUAUGCCGGUACUAUUCAACUAUGUUCCGAGUUUGUUUCAUAUAUGCUUUGGAUUAGUUUUCUUUCCAAGAAUAUAUUGUCCACAAAAACCUCAUUAGAAGCAACAGAAGAAUGCACAGGAAGAAAAAGAAAAUGGUAUUGAAUUAUUGAGGACUAUAUUUGAUAUUUUCCUUUUUUCAGUGGAGUCCAUGUGUACUUAUAUUUUGUUUUCUGGAAAGAGGUACAGCAUAUGAAAUAUCUCUGCAUUCAUGUUCUAAUGAAGCAACAUGAUAACUCACUAUUGGAACGGCCUGUAAGAGUAAAUUGAAUGAAAGAUACAAUGCUUCUCUUAGGCAUUCACAUCUGUACUCUGCUGUUUACCUCCUACUACAAGUUUUUUAAAAAUCAAAACCAACAGAUGUGAUGGUCAUUGUCUUUUCCCACUGUCUGCAAGACAUAUCUAAAGUUCAAGUCGUAGAGAAGAAAUAAUUAGAAAAUAGAUUAUCUCUCACUUGUAACUGAAAUGUAAAUCUAUCAAAAAUAUAGGAUUGUUUUACAAUAUAACACAGAAAAUUUAUAAAAACAUUGGAUACUAAAAUUAGAUUGUAAUUUCUUUAGUCAGAUUAGUUGCACUGAUUCUAAAAGCAUCCUUGUAUAUUUAUCUUCACAUAUUCUAUUCAGAAUAAUGAGCAAGAACAAUUUCUUGAGGAACAUGGUCUACAUUUUAUCAUUUCCACAAAUUAUACCCGCACAUAAAUAUACAGUGUGGGCAGUAUUAUAUUGCUAUUUUUCAUUGUUUUAAUUACCUAAUCAGUAUCAGAAAUCACAUUCUAUUGGGUAAUCAUUUUUAGUAAAUAAAAUAUAAAAAUGU